AUGCGUGAGGAGUUCGAUGCCCUGCAGCGCAACCGUACGUGGCAGCUUGUCCCGCGGCCUCCCCGUGCCAACGUCAUCACUGGCAAAUGGGUCUUCCGCCACAAGACUCGCCCCGACGGUUCCCUUGAGCGCUACAAGCUCGACGUGUCCAAUGCUUUUCUGCAUGGACACCUCGACGAGUUGGUAUUCUGUCAGCAGCCUACUGGUUUCGUCGACACCGACCAUCCGGACCAUGGCACCGCAUCCGCGUACCUUCUCCCAUACGUCGACGACAUCAUCCUAACUGCGUCCUCGCCAGCGCUACUUCAGCAGAUUACAGCUCGCCUCGGCACCGAGUUUGCCCUCAAGGACUUGGGGGCUCUCCACUACUUCCUCGGUAUCGAGGUUAUUCGCCGGGCCACUGGCUUCUUCCUGCAUCAACAGAAGUAUGCCUACGAGCUUCUGGAGCGAGCUGGCAUGCUUAACUGCAAGCCUGCUCCUACGCCUGUCGACACGAAGGCUAAGGUGUCCGCCGUCGAGGGUUCUCCAGUGUCUGACGCUCCCUUCUACCGCUCCAUCGUCGGUGCUCUUCAGUACCUCACGCUGACGCGUCCAUACAUUCAAUACGCUGUCCAGCAGAAUCAGAGCAUAUGUGAUAUUUCAAUUUACUUUCAGGCAGCAGUAUCUAGCACUUCCCCUCCCACUUCUCUGGAGUAG